AAACAAAGGAUACACAUAAACAAACAUACAAACAUAUAACAAAAAACCAAUCUACACAAAGAAAUGGAAGAAGAACAAAUGCAGCCAACAGAAGAGGAUGAUGAGGUAGCAGAAGGUUCAGAUGGUACUGAAUUUAUUAGGGAGGUAGAAUUUAAUGAAACCAUAGUGCAAGAAGAAACAGUCGAAACCAGAGGAGAUCCUCCCCUUCAGCAAAAUGACACUGUGGGAAUAUCUACGGAUGCAUCCACGGAUGAUGCGACCUCACAAACCACCACAGAAUCCAGGGCCGAUGUUGAGGGAUCUUCGGGGUUUAACACAAGUACUGAGUUGGUAAAUACCUCUGAUCAUGGAUUAUCAGAAGGUACAGGGGAACCGGAAAGAAUCACAGUUGAGUACGUAGAAAAGAUAAAUCGUCAAAAACGUAAAGAAGCUCGGCAAAAGAAACGCGAAGACCGUCAAAAAUAUUUAGAGUCGAAAGAACGCAAAAGUAAACCAAUAGUUUUAACAACAAAGAGCCUACUCAUGGAGGAAGAUUAUGAUGAGGACCAGCUCCUAAAAGAAAGAGGGAAAUUGCUUCUUCGUGGUACAUAUGAUGAACAGCUCAUGCGAGAACUGGAAGAAAUGUCAUUACUUUCAACUUCUUCGACUAUUUCGUCCACCGACUCUGAAAUAUGUACUGUUGCAGCUAAGACACAAUUUUUAACAGAUUUUGCAGAACUUCCUGAAAUGAAAGAUAUAUCUGAAGAAGAAAUUGUUUUAGACACAGCACAAUCUAUUAUUUUGAAAGUCGAAGAAGAACGGCCAACUCAAAAUGUAGACGUCGGCCAUUUUGUGGACCCCUUAACCGGUAUGCAGGAAUCUUCAUCAUCUUCAGAAAGCGUGGAAGUACAAAUCGUCACCGAAAUAGUCGAAGAGGAGCAAGUUCAGGAAAGCUCUGAGUUGGAACUUAUGCCAGAUGAGAUUGAAGUUCCUGUCGCUACAGAAGAAACUGCAGAAGAUUUUCUUGAUAUGAUGGCCAAAUCUUUUGUUGAAUUUACAUAUGUAUCGACGACAGACUUGGAAAGUAGAAGAAUAGCCAGAGAGAAUGCAAGACUUGCGAACGAUUUACUUCAGAGGAUUAUUAAUGAGGUUGUUGAUCGAGCUGAACGUAUUGAUCCCAAAAUGUUUGCUUUAAAAAACCUUGAUAAGUCGAAACUAAUGAAGAAUCUCAUUAGGGAAUUACAGUUAUUUAUUUGCGAGAAACAAAUAAAUGAAAAUCUCCAUUCAAAGAUUAUUGAUUAUUGCAAACGGACAAAAUCGUUCCGAUUGCUAUCGAAGAAUGCAGAACAAAAGGAACGAGUGGAGUUAGAUAGAUUCAAUUCAGCUCUAAAUUCCCUUGACCAUUUUAAAAAAUGUGCCGCUAUGGCUAAGAAAAUGAACUCUUAUCUCAUGUCUAGUGUACUAAUGGAUCUUGCAGCCGUACGAAGCGUAGCCAUGUCCACCGAAGUAGACUUAGAGAAUACAAUUCGCAAGAACUUAAUUCGCAAGGACUCGGAGUUUUUAAGUCGAAUAGUCAACCGAGAACUAAGGCUUAUGAACAAUGUACGUAAUGAAAUAAGCGACGCACGCUACGAUCUUCUUAUAAGAAAACACACUUUGGGUCGACUUAAUGAGCGCAUUGCAAAAUUUGAAUAUAUUAAUGAUGAACUCGAAAUGAGCCAAUUCAUUUCUAAACAAACUGAAGUGCUAAGCUUAAGUAAAAAAAUAGAGGAACGGAGCACUGAACUCAGGAAAAUGCGUACCAACUAUACCAAUGAGUUGCAUGCCUUGGCACAUAUGAGGGAAAAAUCGUCAAUGCUCGCGAGCUCUCUGGAGCAUGCCAAAGGUGUAUAUGAUCGGGCUGUUAAUGAUGAACGCAAAUUGCGCGAAACACUGUUCAAGUUGAAAGUGGAGCGUGGCAAGACUCGACAUGAAUCUCAGGAUAUAGCCUAUAAUGGCGGGCUGCUGUCCAAUCCCUCACUAAUGUACGACUACGACCAUACUGUGGAAAAGUUAAAAAAAAAGUACGAAAUAGUGAAGAAACUAAAGAAGCAACAGAAGCAAUUAAUAGAGCGUGUUAAUAGAGCCGAGAUGUUGAGCAAACAAAUUAUAGAUAAGUCAUCUACAUAGCAUUAUUUUUCAAUCGCUAUGAGAAUGAUAGCGGAGGUUCAAUUUCAAGUUUUCUUACAGUCUAAAAGAUUUUCAUAAAAAGUGAUAUUAGUGUCAGUCUUAUUUAUAUCAAGUUUCCCCCUAAUACAAUUAAAUGCACAAAAACUAUGUACCAA